AAACAUCUUAAAAACCACGUCAUUUAGUUGAAAACCACGGCUAGCCAAGUUCGUGCCGUUUCGCAUGGUUUUCACUAAACGAUCAAAAACGGAAGGUGGUUUUUGAGGCGUUUUUGUUGGAGAACUAUUUAAAUAUGCCCAGAACCCUCCUAGUAAAGUAAGCCUUUCCUCCAUCUCUCUUUUCUUUCCCGGUUAUGUCUCCCUUAGGUAGCGAUAGGGUUUCGUCCUCAGAGGACGGCUCCUCUGAGGAUUCCAACUCCUCAUCUCUGACCGGGUUUCCUUCCCUUGGUUCCCGUACCGGUCAGGUUCCAAAUUCUUCUAUCCCCAAUCCUCAACCAGUUAAUCAGAUGCCCGGUAAUGUUCUUACGGGGAGGGAUGAACCGGUCGAUGAGGAACCGAGUCCCUACGACCCCGAAAACGAAACCCGGGAUGCGUGGGAGGAGCGGCUCCAUGCUGCCGGUUACUUUCCACUCCCCACCUUUUAUGUUCUUGACAUUCCUUCCCAUGUAUCCAAAAUUGCCCUGAAUAAGAUCCGUAGAAGGCUCCCGGAUGGGUAUACCCUCUUGUAUGAACAUGACUGGCCCAACAUUGUUGAACCCCACCGGGAGGACAGGAUAGGAUUUCAUACGAUUUCCCUAGACGCGGGCAUCGUUUUUCCUCCUCGCCCCCUCUUAACCGAAAUAUGCCAUGCGUUUAGGAUUUUACCUAGUCAGAUAACUCCUAACGCCCACCGGUACCUCCACUCUUUUGUAAAUAUUUGCUCCCAUCUCAAAAUUGAGCCCUCCUUGCGUCUCUUUCUUUUUUGUUUUGAGGUCCUACCGGGUAGAACCGGCUGCGAAGGCUUUGUGUACUUCAAAGGCCGUACCGGUAGGAAAUUUAUCUCUGACGUCCCCCAAAGCAACCAGGGAUGGAAAGAAAAGUUUGUUUUCAUUGAGUUUCCUCCUUUUGUCACCCCUUUUGCUGGUCUAAAAUGGAACGACCACCUCCUUAACCAUGAGUACGCCACACCGGCCACCUCCCCUAACUUGGAAGUGAGUGUGGAAAUCCUUCUUCGUGGUGAUCCAUCCACCGGGAGGAAGUAUAAUUAUGGAAGCUGGGUCUGGAGGGUUGAAUCGGGUGGUGAGGGUACCUCCCAGGCCCAUGACGCAGCGGGGCGCGAGGUACCCUCCCCGGGCAACACUGCGGAGGCUGAGGGCAACUCCCACCCAGAUAUGGAGUUCGAGGAAUAUGCCAUGCCCGAAGAUAAGCCAGAAGGAGAGACCGGUGGUUCUCAGACCGGUACUGCAAAGACUUUCACGGCCCAGCCCGAGACCGUGGAGGUCCACGAUUUGGACGACGACGAGCCCCACAAUGACCGGUCAAAGGAGAAGGGCAAAGAAAAGGUCGGGCGUCGUCAGAAGAAGGUGGCUACAACCCACCCUUCUUACGCCAAGAAGAGGGCAAGGUCGGAUUCUGAGCCGGCCUCCCAAACUAUUGAAGAGGCCUUCGUGAACCUGGGUCUGAGGCUGAAGGAGAAAGGGGAGAUUGGGCCCCAUGCAGUCGAGCAGCUGGGGAUGGGUUCUCCUUCGGAGGUUGCCCGGCUGGAGAAGGAGAAGGAAGAGAUGGCCCUUAUUUUGAAGAGCCAAGCUGAUGAGCUGAUCCGGCUAUCUGGGAUGGCCGGGACGAUGAAGGCUGAAAUCUCUCAGCUCAAGGAGGAAAACAGCCGGCUACUCGAUGAGGUCUCUGAGACCAAGAGGGAGAUGGCGUUGAAGGAAGAAAACUUCCCCGGGCGUGCCGCUGCCUGGGUUGAAGAGAACAAAGCCGAAGUUUCCCGGGUGCUUACGGCGAUGCCGGAGGCGACCAUGGAAUCCUUCAGAUAUCUCUACCGGUAGCCUGAAGGAAGGAAGAUGAUCACCGCCGUUGGCUCCUUUGGAUUCAAAUGCGGUCAAAAGAAGGAUCAGAUUGCCUCCCACCGGGUUUUACUGAGAAGGGACCCGGAGUUUAGCGCUGCUUCUUAUGGCCUG